ACCUAGUAACAUGAAAUGACCAUUGAUCUCAGUUGGGAGACGUCGUGUGAUCUCGGACUUUUAUUACCAGCUUCAAAUUCCCUGUUUAAUUGGAUGGCGGCUGGUUGUCAUGGCAUCGCAAAACACAACAGAACGCAUCCAUUCUUGAAUUGAAUUGAGAUGUUUGAUAACAGACGGUCGGGAAUGAAAACAAGAAAAUAUCCCAUUAACAUUUCCAUGAACUAAUAAGCCGAGACAUUGGCUGCAGGAGUGUGGCUUCGCCAAUACAUCAAGAGGUGAAAUGAGGAUUUUGAAAUGUCCGCCCUACCCUCACUUCCUGCCCUGUGGAAUGCAUCAGACGUGGCAAACUUUCGUCUUUUCAAGAACUUUCUAUAGCUCGGGGCCACUAAUAUUCAGCAGCAACUCUGCGGCGUUAUAUCCAAAUGUCGUCUUGUGAUUGGCUGUUUGGUGAACCUUAUGCCUCGCCGAUUUGUUCCUGUGUCUGUCAAUCAAGACAAAGACGCGUUGUCUCGCGAUACUUCCCAACGUUCUCACCGUGAGGAAAUCGGAUGGAGAGAAGGGUCAGUCGAGUGCAAGCCAAACUUUAGAGUUUUAACGGGAGGUCUGUCGCGAAGUGAACUCGAGCAUGUCUCCGUGCGGUCUUCUCUGCCCGCUGACCCUCGCCAUUCUUCUGAGCUGUGCUUCGGCAGAGCAGCGGAAGCUCUCUCCAGAAAACCUGUUGGUGAUCACCGCGGCCACAGAGGAGACGGAUGGUUUCAAGCGGUUCAUGAGGACAGCCAAGGAGUUCAAUUACACUGUGAAGGUCCUGGGUCUGGGUGAGGACUGGAAAGGAGGUGAUAUCGCUCGGACGGUGGGGGGAGGUCAGAAAGUCAGGUGGCUGAAGAAGGAGCUGCUGAAACAUGCUGACAAAGAGGACCUGCUCAUUCUGUUCGUGGACAGCUACGAUGUGAUUUUUGCGUCGGGUCCUGGGGAGCUGCUGCACAAGUUCUCUCGUCUGGGUCACAGAGUGGUCUUCUCAGCAGAAGGUUUUUGCUGGCCUGACCAGAGACUAGCCUCCAAAUACCCCCAAGUGAAUUCAGGGAAACGCUACCUCAACUCUGGAGGGUUCAUUGGCUAUGCUCCUGAACUCAGCAACAUGGUCCAACAGUGGAAGUUCAAGGACAACGAUGACGACCAGCUCUUUUACACCAAAAUCUACCUGGACAAGGCGCAGCGGACCAAGUUCAACAUGACCUUGGAUCAUCGCUCCAGAAUCUUCCAGAACCUUAAUGGAGCAGUUGAUGAAGUGGUGCUGAAGUUUGAGAGGGCGAGAGUCAGGACCAGGAAUGUGGCGUAUGACACGCUGCCUGUCAUCAUCCAUGGCAAUGGGCCGACCAAGCUGCAGCUCAACUACCUGAGUAACUACGUCCCGACGGCGUGGACCUAUGAGAACGGUUGUGGGAACUGUGAUGAAGACCUGCUGCUCUUGACCGACACGCCCGAUGAAGAAAUGCCUCUGGUUCACGUGGCCGUGUUCAUUGAGCAUCCCACGCCCUUCAUGGAGGACUUCCUGGAGCGACUGUCCACGCUCAACUACCCUGUAGACAGGAUUCAUCUCUUCAUCCACAAUAAUGUUGUGUAUCAUGAGCAGCACAUUCAGAGGUUCUGGGAGAAGUACCGGGCUUUGUUCCCUGAUGCAGUGCUGGUUGGACCGGAGGAGAAUCUGAGCGAGGACAAAGCCAGGAAUAUGGCAGUGGAGGCGUGUAAGAAAGACCCACAGUGUGAUUACUACUUCAGCAUGGACUCUGAUGUCGCCCUGACAAACCCUGACACUCUCAGGAUUCUUAUUGAGGAGAACAAGUCCGUCAUCGCUCCAAUGCUGUCCAAACAUGGGAAGCUGUGGAGUAACUUUUGGGGCGCUCUGAGCCCUGAAGGCUACUACUCCCGCUCGGAAGACUACAUCGAGAUCGUCCAGGGCAAGAGGGUAGGCCUGUGGAAUGUCCCCUACAUCAGCCAGGCCUACCUGGUGAAGGGCAGCGUGCUGCGGUCCAAACUGGCGGCGGUCAGCAUGUACGUGAGCGACGGGAUGGACGCCGAUAUGGUGUUCUGCCGGCAAGUCAGAGACCAGGGGAUCUUCAUGUUUGUCUCCAACCGCGACGAGUUUGGUCGCCUGGUGUCUUCAGCUAACUUCAACACAUCUCGACUGCACCCCGACAUGUGGCAGAUAUUCGACAACCCAGUGGACUGGAGGGAGAAGUACAUCCAUGAAAACUACUCCAAGAUCUUUGAAGAUGAGAAGAACUUUGUGGAGCAGCCCUGUCCAGACGUCUACUGGUUCCCAGCCUUUUCAGAGAAGAUGUGCGACCACCUGGUGGAGACCAUGGAGGACUAUGGUACCUGGUCGGGGGGCAACCACAAGGACGAGCGACUGGCUGGCGGCUACGAGAACGUUCCGACCGUGGACAUCCACAUGAAUCAGAUCAGCUUUGAAAAAGAGUGGCUCAAGUUCCUCAAGGAUUACAUCACCCCAGUCACUGAGAAACUCUAUCCCGGCUACUACCCCAAGGCUCAAGCCAUCAUGAACUUCGUGGUGCGUUAUCGUCCAGAUGAGCAGCCAUCUUUACGGCCUCAUCACGACUCCUCCACCUUCACCAUCAACAUCGCCCUCAACAGCAAACAUGUGGACUAUGAGGGUGGAGGCUGCAGGUUUCUUCGCUACGACUGUAAAGUUGAGUCUCCCAGGAAGGGCUGGUCCUUCAUGCAUCCGGGCCGCCUGACCCACUACCACGAGGGCCUUCCAACAACGAGAGGGACCAGGUACAUCAUGGUGUCCUUUGUAGACCCGUAGGAUCAUCUGGGAGCUGAGAGACUGAGAGGGAGGACAUGAGAGGACGCUUCUUACACAGACCGGAUGCAUAGGGAUGGACUGCGUUGCUCUGAACUGCUCCGUGGCCAUAUGUUCUAUGGCCACCUGGUGGCAGCACUCGCCUUUCAAUGAGCGAGUCUAGAUCGCAGGUCUCAAACUGAAUCCCAAAAGGUCUGUUUGGGUGAAGAUUUUCAGACCAACCGAUCCAGAACAGACAGUUAAACAAAUCUGAUCUUUGAGUGUCCGUCUGCACCCAUACGGCCCUUUUGGGAUUGAGCCUGGCACCCCCUUGUUUUAGACACAAUUUGGCCAUUCUUUUCAACCAAGUUUCUUUGAAUGUCUUUGGGCAGAAUUUAUGUGAGACUAUGAAAAAAAAUAGAGGUUUGAUGGGUGGAAAGCCUUUUAAAAUGCAGUAAUCAUUGUAAUCACACGGUUGCCUUUUACUAUUUGGAUUUCUCGAUCUAUGCAGCAGAACAAUGUUGGACAUGCAUGUUUGUCUGUGUCUAUGGACGUCUUAAAUGUGUGAUUCACUUCUUCCUACACUCCAGAUCUAAGGAUGUUGCCAUAGAUAUGAAGAGUGGAAGUAAACCAGGUAUUCUGUCUCGCUGAAAUGUUCCGAGACAGAUCAAAUAAAAUAGUUUUGUAUGAAAAUGUAGCUUGUAUUUUGACAUGGACACAUCUAACUGAUGGAAGUGUGUCACUUGAGGCUUCACACAUUUCUGACAGACUGUUUUCUAUUUUCCUAGUGUUUUAUUCUUUUAAAAAAAUGUUUUACUAUUUAUAUUUAAAUGGAAAUAUGUUGUGCGGAAACUGUAAAUGUUCGGUUUCCAACUUUUAUGUGCCUGUUUGACGACUCUUUGGAAAUGUUUAACUGCAUUAAAUUAUUUGUUCAAGAUGGAGUGAAUAAUAAAGUUUUUUGAUCUGUA